AAUAUGAAUCAAAACUAAACGAUUUGCAAAAGAAAUAUAGAAUAGCUUUAAAUGAAGAAUCUGAGUAUGUUAAGUAUUUUGAAAAAACUUAUGAUGCAACAAUGAAGGCAUAUCAUGCAGUUGAGUUAUUUGAAAAUAAUGAAAAUGAAGAUCAAAGAAAGAUUUACGAAAUGGAUAAAAAUGCUGCAAUAGAAUAUUACCUACAAAAUCAAAUGCCUGACAUAUCAAACAAAAGCUUAUCUACUGUAUAUUGGAAUACAGAAAUACCCAGAUACGUAUUUAAAAAUUAUGAACUUUAUGUCGAUCCAACAGAAGAAAUCUAUUACCUUUCUCAAAUCAUACAAGCUGACUUGAUAUAUCUUGAAAAAAGAAAAACAUAUAAUACCAACUGUCGUAAAUUAACCGAUAUAGAAUAUGACGAAGUAAUUAUUUUAUACAAUUAUAAAAAUGUGAAGUUCAAGAACUUUUUAACUACUUCAUGUGCUACAUCUCUGCUACAAGUUUUUAUUCGGAACUCCAUCUCCUUGCACGUGUUUUACAAUGUUACCAAGUGUUGAUGAUUCAUAUGAGGAAUAUGAUAAAAUGAAACUUGAGUUUA